AUCUUUCCCGCAGGCCGUUACAAGCUCUCGAGCAGCAGGCGACGCCGGUGUGCAGAGAAAAGGGAACCUCGAGGUUCAAGGGGAUCUCCUCGCUAACGUCAUGCGGCGAAUCUCGGACCACAGGGUCCAGAAAAACGCUCAAAGACACCCAACAGGCGACGUUUUACAGCAGUGGGAGGAGCCGUCCUCAGCCGCUCUGUGGGAGGAGCCAAGCACCCAGCCGAUGGUGCUGUUGAGCUGAUAACGCACUGAGCGGAGUUAUGAAACCACCAUUUGUGAAUCGUUUGGAUAACUAAAGGAACAUAAAACAUUUAAUGUAAGAAGAAAACAAGCAUGACCUUGAUCAGGAAACGCUGUUGUGGACGAUUUUUCUACUUCCUCACAAUGGUCUAUUUGCCAAUGUUCAGUGUCAGACCAUAAGCAACAAACCGAGACAGACAAACAAAAGGGUCCUGAUCCACUCAUGCUGUUUUGGCUGGACUGUCCAGCUCUGUACAAUGAAGAGACCCAAGCAGCAGUCACAGUCCCUUAGUUUUCUCAGCUUCUUCAGCCGAAAGCCCAAAUCUGAUCCCAGGAUUGAGAAGCCCGCCGGGACUUUGAACAAGGAGGAAGUGGCCAUCACUCUCACACCCAAUGAGCAUGAACAUGUGGUACAAGACCGGGCUCACAGUGAUGUCGGAUUAGAGGGCGGCAGGGAUGGAGGAGACCCUGGGAAGGGGGAAGAUGACGAGGGAGGUGUGGAGUGUGGGAGCAGUGGCUCAAUGGGUGUACUGUCCUUGUCCUCCUCCAGUCAGGAUCAGCUGCUCGAGCACCUGGUGGAGUGCCCGCUCUGCCUCCUGAGUCAACCACGCGGCCACUUCCCUCGCCUGUCCUCCUGCCAGCACCGUGCCUGCACCGACUGUUUGCGCCAAUACCUACGCAUCGAGAUCUCCGAGAGCCGCGUGGGUAUCGCCUGCCCGCAGUGCCCUGAAGUGCUGGCUCUGCCCGACGUCCGUGCCAUCCUGGAUGACGGUGCUCUGCUGGAGCGCUUCGAAGAGUUUCAGCUGCGCCGCUUUCUGGCUGCUGACCCGGACACGCGCUGGUGCCCAGCCCCAGACUGCAGCUAUGCAGUGAUAGCUUACGGCUGUGCGGAGUGUCCCAAGCUAAGCUGUGGUCGGGAAGGCUGUGAAACCGAGUUUUGCUACCACUGCCGUCAGCUGUGGCACCCAGACCAGACUUGCGACCAAGCCAGACGUCAGCGCGCUCGCCACACGUCAGGAGGCAAUGAUGUUUCCACACUCUACGUGUUCAACGAGGAACCUGGCGAUGCAGAGGAGAUCAAGCCCUGUCCACGGUGUGGGGCCUACAUCAUGAAGACGAAUGAUGGCAGCUGCAAUAGAAUGAACUGUACAGUGUGUGCUUGUCAGUUCUGUUGGCUGUGCAUGCAGGAGAUCACUGAUGUGCACUACCUCAGUCCCUCAGGCUGCACUUUCUGGGGAAAGAAGCCGUGGUCACAGACCCGAAAGGUUUUGUGGCAGGUCGGCAUGCUGCUCGGGGCUCCGGUGGUGAUCUCACUCAUAGCAGGCAUUGCGAUACCGGUCAUCAUUGUGGGCAUCCCGAUUUAUAUGGGCCGCAAGGUCCAUGGUCGCUGUAAGAAAAACAGUAUCUCAGGAAGUAAGCAUUAUCUGACAGUGGCCAGUGGGGUCAUGAUGUCUGUUUUUGUGUCUCCAGUCAUAGCGGCCAUUACUGUCGGUGUAGGGGUGCCUCUUAUGUUGACGUAUGUCUACGGGGUCGUGCCCAUGUCGUUGUGCCGUAACGGCUGGUGCAGGCCACAAACUGAACCUCCUGAAGUACGGAACAUACAGCUGGAAGAUCUGGCCAAUUAUCUUCUAUUUUCUCAUGUAGUCAGUGAUCAUUGGACUGGCCAGCCUAACCCCGCUCUAACUGAGGGAAGCGUACAGGAAGUGAGUGUGAAUGUGGAGGAAGUGAUGUCGCUUCCCAGCACCAGUGUGGUCCAGCCUGGAGCAAAGGGCUCCGUUGAGCUCCCUAAUGAUGGACAUAAUGACAGCACUGAGCAGGUUGUUCAGUCAGACGAUGUGGAUGUAGCUGAGGAGUGUGCCUUCAGCAGCACACAAACAUUUGCUCUGAGGGAAGGGACCAAUAUUGAGGUCCGUGUGGAGAUUGAGGCCCAGCCACGGGGCGGCCGGAAGCCGAGUCUCAGCAGUAUUCUGUCUAGCAAGAGCCUGUCGGCAGAAUCUCUCAGCCAGCCCUGUGAACCUCUGUGUGCCUCUCAACAGCCUGGGAGCACCGACCCCGUACCAGUUCCUGAGAUAGACAGCGUCUGAGCGACUCCUGGAAAACCACUGGCUUCCACGACUCACCUACACUCCCACCAGGAGCUUCCAGCCUCUGCCUGCAAAUGCAGAGAGUCGGCGAGCGUGAAAGAAAAGAGAGAGAUGGAGAAAAGCAUCCAGGGCAGCUGCUAAAAUGCCACGGUGGGGAUUAAAGAUGAUCAUAUAAACUCAAAUGACCAAGCGCAUGUUUGUCAACAAGUAUGAGGAGUGCUAACCAAUUUUAUACUGUUAUAUAGAAAA